AUGUUUUCUCCGUCCAUGAGCGAGGGCGGCCCUGCCACGGCCACACGAAGCAGAAGACGCCAACGACCCGUCAGCAAUGAAAGCCUUGCUCAACAGCCCAAGGCCAAGCGCCAGCGUCUGCCUUUGACUGAGCAGACAUUUGUCAAUCCCGAUGUUUCAUCAGCGCCUGCCCCCGAAAUGUACGAAGUCAAGUCCGACAAAGUUGCGACGCUCGACGUGCGGCAGGACGGCAUCGAGAACCACCCGCCCAUCACACCUACCCCCAGAAAAGAGCUCAGCGUGCGCGCCAAGAAGCCGAAAGGAGGAGAGCGACCUACCAAGGGCGAUGGAAGUGUUGUUUUGACGACCAACAACGCGUACACUGUGAGCAAACUUCCUGCACUUCCAGACCGUAUCCGUGCAGAUGCUUCAGCCCAGCAACACGGCGACAUCUUCUCGAACGGGUACGCCCUCAGCUUGAGCCACACUCACGCGGUCGUCUGGCCAUACACGACCCCUACCCAAUCCCCCGAGACAUUCACAUUUACUCUGCCAUAUCCUUCCAAACAUGCUUCAGAACCUCUUCCGUUAGGAUGUCUUGUAUCGCCAUCAGCAUCGUCCAUUGAACCCGGCCUGGUUGUCGUGAUGCCAGUCAGUGGGAAAAUUGCGUAUUGGGAAUCUAUUUCGAGCGCGGCGACCCUGGACUUCAUCCGCCAGCAGCGACAUGGCGUAGAGGGAGCGAUCUCCGGCAUGUACUCUGGGGAGAGGGUCAUCCAGAUUACAAAUGCCGAAUCUGCCGGCUUUGUUCUCGCAUUCAGCAGCGGUAGAUUGGCGUACAUGAACGUUCGCGAUGGACACGGCAGGCCGACGAUCUCUGUCCAAUUCCUCCGUACAAGCCUGGGACCCGCAAAUGGAGGACUCUUCGGAAGCAUUCGUCACGCUCUUACACACACCACUGGACGUGGCGAUAUUGCUGCCGUACGGGCAGAACGCACUGCCCGCGUUGGUGAGCGCAAUGUUGUUGCUGCCACUCUUAAGGGAAGGCUACACGCAUGGAGGAUUCACCGUGGGGGACAUCAUGAUACCAUUGUUGAAGCGGAUAUGCAGGAGGAGAUUAUUGACGCUAUCCGCGAAGUCGAUCCUUCAAGUGGAGAGUUCCAUCACGACACAUUUGAAGUUGUGGACUUCACUUUUGUCCCCAAAGGGCUGGAAGCCAAGUAUCGGGACAUGAGCAGGCUUAGUGAUGCCAUGGCCUCUGACGAUAUCAACUUGCAGCAUCUUCUUCUUCUUGUCAGUCUUACUAAGAAGAGAGAGUCGCAUUACUCACUGGUUGAGGUCAUCCUCUCCCCAUCUUCAGCGCAGGUUGGGAUGGUACGCCCCAUCACAUCCUACAAAGCUCGCUUCAGCCCGGCGAACCCUCUACAAGCAACGCGACCUCGCCUUUAUCUUCCUCGGCCCGCUCUUGUGGCUUUCAUUGUAUUAGACAAAGCUGUUGUGGUUGCGUCAAUUGGUGUCCCUCCCGAAUCGCCCGACGCUCAACUACAGGAGGACAACCACAUUAUUCCUCCUACAUACGAGGACGUUAUUACCCUUUCUGAUAACAAUCAGUCUGAGGUUCUUGGCUCUGGUUUUGAGGAGCCCCAAGCGGCAAACAGUCACGAAGAAUCUAGAAGUCAGCGUCAAAAGACCAAAAACCCUGCGGUCGUUCUGAUCGUCCGCGGUUCGGGCGUCGUACGACUCACGACAACAGAUAUAGACAGAUUCGGCAGCGACAAGCCCCCCAAAGUCACUCCAAAAAGCAAGCUAGAGCAGGCAGUAUUUUUCGGCAACAAGCAAGAUACCCCGUUGGUUUUCGAUGGAAGGAAAGGCGUUCAGUUCUCAGAUAGUGAGAUCGCUGAAGCUGCGCUGCAGCUGAGUCACGAGAUCAUGAGCUCAUCAACGCCGCACAUUUCAAGUGUACCGGCAUCUCUGGAAGACAACCUCAGCAAUCGAGUCCUCGCCUUGGAGCGCCUGAUGCUGCACCUCAAGCAAACAAAGGUCAACUUGGACAGGCGAACCCGAUGGCUUCUGCUUUCGCACGCCGAAAAGAUGAUGGUAUCAACCAUUCUCUGGAAACGUCAUGAGGCAUUCACCAACGAGCGGCCAGCCAACGAUAAGAAGGAUCUAAUUGCGGAAAUUGUCGAGUUCAUUCAUCAGGACGACAAGACCAACCUUAACCGCAAUGUUGGAGAGGUUGACCGUGUAAGGCAUUGGUUUAUUCACGACGUUGACAGACUUGAGAUUUUCAUCGCCUGGGCAUAUGAAGUCAUCAAGUAUAUGUACAAAGACCAUAUCAUGGAUGAUGUACGCAUCACACGACUCAUGUACGAGGCUCAGCAAGUGAACCUGGUUGCGUUGAUCACGGCCCUUGAUUACCGGCAAAAGAAACUUUCUUUCUACGGGCUCGAGGACGAGGAACUGGAUCUCGGAAUUGUGCGUGAGAACUACGAAGGUCUUCCUGAGCCAUGGACCGGCUGCCAUUACAUCUGCAACAACCUGAAGCGGCUACUUGAACUGAGCCAUACAUGGCUCGAUCAAUACUACCCACCGAAGGACAAAGUCAAGGACAAGUCCAAGCAACCGGACCCCGCUCUUCUUGAGAAGAUCAACUCCGAGAUUUCUAACCUGACUGAUCAGUACCUUGUUUCUCUGCUCGAGGCAUCCCGGUGGAAUGCUGUACAGCUUGACUCCAAGGCACAGAAGUGGUCUGAGCAUCUGACGAAGCUCUACGAUUCAGACAAGAACGACAAGAUUCUAGCACUUCUUCGACUUGGGAAAUGGGACGAGAGCAUCAAAAUUGCUGAAAAGCAUCGAUGUUGGAAAGCUUUGGCCCUAGCCAUGAUAGAGCAGAUCAACACUCUCAAGCACGAGGCAACUCUAUCAAGAUCACAAGUUGAGGCUCGUGAGUUGACCAAAAAGGCCGAGUCGAGGGAGAAGCAGAUCGGUCAAUACUUCGACAAGUACGGCGAAGCCUUUGCCUUCCCUACGUACGAGAUCUUGCUGGACAAUUCUGGUGUGCAAGCGGUCCUUGAUUUCUCCUACGACAACCAUGCGUACAGGACGAAGUUCCUCCGCGAAAAACCCGAACUUGCCAAGAUAUCUUGGAUCAACGAUAUCCAAGGCGAGAAUGAUAUUGAUCAUGCUGCAGAGACCCUUCUCGACCUCGGCCUGACUCGUGAGCAGCAGGUGUGGAAUAAGAAGAUUGAACUCAGUCUUGGAAAACUUGCACUGCUGGCCGAGUCACAGGAGCCGUCGACUCCGAACCUCUUCGGCAUCAAGCGAACAACUAGUGGCGAGGCGAAGGACUCAUCCAAGAAUGACGAUAAACUGGAUAUCAUCGACAGCCAGCUUGGAAUUGUCAGGAUUCAGGAUCAGCUCUAUGCGCAGAUAUUCCCCUCGAUCCAGACGGCUGUCGAUGAGAUCGCCGAGCUUCAGCUUGCUAUGGAGAACCAUUGCGUGCAGCUUCCAAAGAAGCAGAAGGCACUUAUCCAAAUCUUUGAGAACAGCAUGCGCCGGCUUCUUAAGCACGAAGCACUCGAUGCCAUGUCUCUUAUCGACCUGCUCACGCUCGUCAACCUUCCUGCCGAUACAGCUGCUGAGAUCGCCGACCCCUUCUAUCUUGCUCUUCUGGUUGCUUCUUUCGGCCUCCAGGGCGAAGAGCUCAAGAUGGCCAAGCGUCUCAUUUGGAGGCGAUGCUUCAUCCGCGACGACUGGACGAAGAUCAACGACACCCAGUUGAAGGACGAUUCUGCUGUGGAGGAAAAGAUUACCAACACGGCACUCUUCGGCGCGUUCGCCUCCUGCUACCAGCACCAGACUAUUGAUAACCCCUUCCAACCUUUCAAGCCAUCAGACGCGCUCGGCGCGUUCACGGCAGACCUGGACAGCCGGUUCAGCGACAUGGAGAAGUCUUACAGGGACAAGCUCCUAGACGCUAUGAAGUGGGAAGAUUCUAUCCUUCGCAAGUACAUUGACAAGGCACGUUUGGAGGAAUGGACCCGCACGACAGCCGAAUCGGCUGAAGCGUUGGUUGCGGAAUCUGUGGACGAGGCCACAAGGGCUGCCGCCGCAGAUGCAGAUGAGCUUCCGGAGCAGCACACUAACGGAAAGGCGAAUGGCAGCAACUGA